AUGCUGCCAGUUAACACUGCUGUUGUCGGUCGUUCGCUGGGUGGCAACCGUCAGGCAAUAACGCAGCACGACCGACCGACCGACCGAGCGACGACGAAAACCGAAGACGUCGCCCUCCAAAAUGCAACGGGCACACAGAUGAAAACUCUGCAGACCGGCAUUCCGAUUCGAGCAAUCAGCGAAUUCAGUCGCAAACGAUUACGUUCAGUCGGUUGUUUCAAAUGA